AUGGAUUUGAAUGAAGACGUACCUUACAUUCCACCCCCAUUCCAUUGUCAACCAGCACGUCCCCACUCAUCGCCUCCAUCUCUAUCACCAACACCACCAUUAGUAUUGUAUUCAGAUCAGUUUAUUAUUGAAUCAGAUCCUAGCGAAACUCAUGGUCCUUUGGAACUUCGUACGAAUCACAGAUUGGUUGUCGCAACUAUCCCUGAACGAAUUCAUCCACAAUGGACUGUUUACCGACUUAAGAUCAAAAAACCAUCUAUCCUCGAUUAUAUUCCAAUCCCAUUUAUUCGAUCUAUAUUUGAAAAAAAUUUCAACUUCUAUCCAUGUCUCAAAAGUUCCCAUCCUGAAUGGUUUCUACCACCCACAGUCAUCCUCAAAAAAUGCAAGCCUGAUUGGGAUGAUGAGUUUGAGGUUGAAAAACGCAUCUACCGUCGCCUUCAACCUCUUCAAGGAAGAUUCAUACCCUAUUUCUAUGGAGAAGCUAUAUAUGAUGGAUCGCCUGCUUUGGUCCUAUCAGAAAUUAUUGGCCGAAGAUUACUCGAUAUCAUAGUGGAACAUGAGAGGACGCAGAAUUUGAGAGAAAACUAG